CCGUGGAAUGCCAACAAUGUAGCGAAUGUCCCACUUGGGUCUGCGCGCUGGAACCUCGGCGUGAGCGCCCCGGGAAGAUGGAGCAGCCGCCGCCCGCGCCGCGGCCGCCCGGGGCUCCCCCGUCCCCGCGGGGCCAACGGCAGCUCCAGCCACCGGCGCCCGGUCCCGCGGCGCGCGAGGCCCCGGAGCCACGGGCGAGGACGCCCCGGAGGGUGUAGACCGCGCCCCAGGAGAUGGUGACGUUGAUCUUCAAAAUGAAGCCUCUGGAAAAUUUUAGGUUCUCCACGGGAACUACAGAAAUUGAAGGAAAGAAGACUUUCAAAAGGAAAUUGUUUUGAAAGUAUGUUUACAACUAACUGAUACUGUUGACAGUUUUUAUUCUUUAUUCUUUUUUUUUUAAUAAUAAAACACUUUAAGAAGAUUGUAUUUAUGGUAAAAGGAAACUGGACUAACAAUGAGGCCAAAGACUUUUCCUGCCACGACUUAUUCUGGAAAUAGCCGCCAGCGACUGCAAGAGAUCCGAGAGGGCUUGAAGCAGCCAGCCAAGCCUUCCGCUCAGGGGCUGCCCGUGGGACCAAACAAGGACACUUCCUUGGCCGCCAAAGUGCCAGGGGGCAAGGACGCGGCCCGGCAGCAGCAGCAGCUGAGAGCCACCCCGAAGUUUGGACCUUACCAGAAAGCUCUGCGAGAAAUCAGAUACUCCCUAUUGCCGUUUGCUAAUGAGUCGGGCACCUCCGCGGCCGCAGAAGUCAACCGGCAGAUGCUGCAGGAACUGGUGAACGCAGGCUGCGACCAGGAGAUGGCCGGCCGGGCUCUCAAGCAGACGGGCAGCCGGAGCAUCGAGGCCGCCCUGGAGUACAUCAGCAAGAUGGGCUACCUGGACCCGCGGAACGAGCAGAUCGUGCGAGUCAUUAAGCAGACCUCCCCAGGAAAGGGCAUCGCACCGGCCCCCGUGCCGCGGAGGCCGAGCUUCGAAGGAACAGGCGACCCUUUCCCCCCCUACCACCAGAUGGGCGGGGCGGCCUACGAGGGCGGCGCGCUGGAGGAGGUGCCGCGCCCCUACGUGGACUUCCUCUUCUCGGGGAGCGCCCACGGCGUGCCCGGCGCCCAUCAGCACCAGCCCAAGGCCUACGCGGCGAGCGUGGAGUCGGCAGGGGUGAACUUCCCGGGGGCCGGGGCCGGGGGCCAGGCGCUCCCCCUGCAGGGCGCCCACUACCGGCCGCACCUGCUGGUGCCCGGCGAGCCGCUGGGCUACGGCGUGCAGCGCAGCUCCUCCUUCCAGAGCAAGGAGGCGGGAGCCUACGCGAACCUGGCGGCCAAGGGCGGCGGCGCGCAGCCGGGCGCCGCGCACGCGUUUCCGGCCGCGGGGGCCCCCGCGCUGUACGCGCCGCACCCGCACCACAAGCCGGCGCACCCGGUGCACGUGGUGGGCGCCCGCGGCCCGGUGUUCGCCGGCGACAGCCCCCCGCAGAGCCUGCUGGCGCCCUCCAGGAACAGCCUCAACGUGGACCUGUUCGAGCUGGGCGGCGCCCCCGUGCAGCAGUGGCCGUCGUCCACGCUGUCGCGCCGCGACUCGCUGCAGAAGCCGGGCCUGGAGGCGCCCGCCCGCGCGCACGCGGCCUUCCGGCCCGAGGGCCCCGCCCCCAGCAGGACCAACUCCUUCAACGGCCCCCCGCAGCCCGCGGCCGCGGCGCUGCGCGCGGGCGGGCCCGGCAAGGCCGAGCCGGGCCUGCCCUCCCCCAACACCAUCACGGCCGUGACGGCCGCGCACAUCCUGCACCCGGUGAAGAGCGUGCGCGUGAUGCGGCCCGAGCCGCAGACGGCCGUGGGGCCCUCGCACCCGGCCUGGGUGCCCGCGCCCGCGCCCGACGGCCUGGACGCCAAGGACGAGCCCCCGCUGCCGCUGGGGGCCGCCGGCGCCUACCCGCGGGACGCGGAGUUCGGCGGCCCGGAGCCCCGCUGCCCCCCGCCGCCCUACCCCAAGCACCUGCUGCUGCAGAGCGAGCCCGAGCCCUACGACGUGGACGGGCUGUGCGCGGGCGUGGAGCACGGCCUGUGCGCGGGCGCGGAGCACGGCCUCCGCGGGGCCGCCGGCGGCCGGGGCGCCCGGGCCGAGAAGGCGGGCAAGGACCGGAAGCAGAUCCAGACGUCUCCCGUCCCCGUUCGCAAGGGCAGCAGGGACGAGGAGAAGCGGGAGUCGCGCAUCAAGAGCUACUCGCCCUACGCGUUCAAGUUCUUCAUGGAGCAGCACGUGGAGAACGUCAUCAAAACCUACCAGCAGAAGGUCAACCGGAGGCUGCAGCUGGAGCAGGAGAUGGCGAAGGCUGGACUCUGUGAGGCUGAGCAGGAACAGAUGAGGAAGAUCCUCUACCAGAAGGAAUCCAAUUACAACAGGCUGAAGAGAGCCAAAAUGGAUAAGUCCAUGUUUGUGAAGAUCAAAACCCUGGGCAUCGGCGCCUUUGGAGAGGUGUGCCUUGCCUGUAAGGUGGACACUCACGCCCUCUAUGCCAUGAAGACCCUGAGGAAGAAGGACGUCCUGAACCGGAACCAGGUGGCCCACGUCAAGGCCGAGAGGGACAUCCUGGCGGAGGCCGACAACGAGUGGGUGGUCAAACUCUACUACUCCUUCCAAGACAAGGACAGCCUGUACUUCGUGAUGGACUACAUCCCGGGGGGGGACAUGAUGAGCCUGCUGAUCCGGAUGGAGGUCUUCCCCGAGCACCUGGCCCGGUUCUACAUCGCAGAGCUGACCCUGGCCAUCGAGAGCGUCCACAAGAUGGGCUUCAUCCACCGAGACAUCAAGCCCGACAACAUUUUGAUCGAUCUCGAUGGUCACAUCAAACUGACGGACUUCGGCCUCUGCACUGGGUUCAGGUGGACUCACAAUUCCAAAUACUACCAGAAAGGGAGCCACGUCAGGCAGGACAGCAUGGAGCCCAGCGACCUCUGGGAUGACGCGUCUAACUGUCGGUGCGGGGACCGGCUGAAGACGCUGGAGCAGAGGGCCAGGAAGCAGCACCACCGGUGUCUGGCCCACUCCCUGGUGGGGACCCCCAACUACAUCGCCCCGGAAGUGCUCCUCCGCAAAGGGUACACGCAGCUCUGUGACUGGUGGAGUGUCGGCGUGAUCCUCUUCGAGAUGCUGGUGGGGCAGCCGCCCUUCCUGGCCCCCACCCCCACGGAGACCCAGCUGAAGGUGAUUCACUGGGAGAACACGCUCCACAUCCCGGCCCAGGUGAAGCUGAGCCCCGAGGCACGGGACCUGAUCACCAGACUGUGCUGCGCUGCCGACCACCGGCUGGGGAGGGACGGGGCCGACGAUCUGAAGGCCCACCCGUUCUUCGGGGCCAUUGACUUUUCGAGCGACAUCCGGAAGCAGCCGGCCCCCUACAUCCCCAAGAUCAGCCACCCCAUGGACACGUCCAAUUUCGACCCUGUAGAUGAAGAGAGCCCUUGGAACGAUGCCAGCGAAGACAGCACUAAGGCCUGGGACACACUCACCUCCCCAAACAACAAGCACCCCGAGCACGCGUUUUACGAGUUCACUUUCCGAAGGUUCUUUGAUGACAACGGCUACCCCUUUAGGUGCCCAAAGCCUCCAGGAGCAGAGGCGCCGCAGGCUGAGGACUCCGACUUGGACAGUUCAGAUGUGGUGGAUCAGACUGAAGGCUGCCAGCCGGUGUACGUGUAGACGUGGCCCCGCCGCCCCACCCCUUCAGAGGUCCGCAGUGGGACGUUCCUCGUGGGAGGCCGGGGCCAGCCUUGUUCAAGUGAGUCCGAUGGUUAGACUUCAGUGGAAGUUCUGGUCUCCCCCCAAACCCCCAAAAGAAACAACAAAGCUUUUUACAAAAGGACUCAAGUCUAGUAGAUUCUGUAUGAAGUGGGGGGGGGAGGUGUCCACAUUGCUUUGAAUUGGUUUCUGAGGACCUUCAUUGCAUUAAAACAAUAUUUUUAAAAACUUAGUACAGUUUAGAAAGAGCACUUAUUUUGUUUAUAGCCAUUUUCUUACUCAAUGAUAGGGAUUGACUUUGACCAGUCAUGCUGCUGUUAUCGUCUACAUUUGUAUUUUAUCCGUAGCACUUACCCACAUCUAGGAAAAGACAGAAAAACUGACGAACAUGUGAUAAGAAAUCUCUGUGCAAUAAUGUGUAAAAAAAAAAAAAAUGAUAACACUGUUCUGAUAUUACUGAUACCAUUUUAUUCACACAAUGGUUUUUGUUUUAUAUUUUUCCCACAUUUCAAAAUUGUGAUAUAAUGUUAAAAGCUGCUUUUUUUUUUUUUGCUUUUUGCAUAUUAUAGUAUAAUAGAAAGUGUGAGCAAGGUGAUUAUGUGGGUGUGAUUUCAGAUGUCUGGUGUGUAGAGAGUACUGCAUGGGCAGGGUUUUUCUGUUAUAAAAUUACCAUAUCUUGCCAUUCACAGCAGGUUCUGUGAAUAUGUUUUUACUGAGUAUCUUUAAAUGAGAUGUUCUAGCCAGCGUGCUGAUAGCGUAUCGUGUGGGUGACUUCUUCGCUGUGAUUGUAUCCCUUACUGUUUUGUUAAAGAAAUGCCGACGUGUAACUGCGAAGUGAUUUUUGUGUGUGUGUCGUGGGUAUGAUUGUAUUCUUUGGGGGGUGAACUUCAACAUUUGUCAUGUACUAAACUCGUGUACAUCGAAAGGGAUUAAUUUAGCUAUGCCAAACACUUGAGGUUAGUCACGGGCCUCUGUCCGUUUGGCUAGUCACUCUUCACUGAUGCCGCUGACCUGUGGAACUGGUGGCUGCCACCUACUGUCGGCAGGCUGCCCGCACCGAGAGGUUUGGUGUGUCAUUCCUCCUGUGGUCCUAGACAGCUGAGGUGUGAUGACCAGGGUGAAACUGAGUGCUUCCACGGUUGUUGGUUUUUUUUGGUGUGCUUUGAAGUAUCAAACUUAACUGGGUUUUAAAAAUACAUUUUUCUAAUCUUUGUAAAACAGCAAAGGUUAUUCAAAGUGACAUUGGAAUAAAAAAAAUAACUAAGCCAUACAUAUUUUCUUAGAAGCGUAGAUGUGUAUAUAAUUACAUAGGUAAACACACAAAAUAUUCCUUAUUUCAAAUUAGUAUGAUUCCUAUUUAAACCGAUUUAUAUCUGAGUAAAAAGUUCAAUUCUUUUUUGCUUUUUAAAAACCUGACGUAUCGUAUAGUUCAUUAUAUUUUUCCACAUACUUUUCCUUGAGGUUUUUAGCAUAACAUAUCCAUUAUUUAGCGUAUAUCUAGGCAACAACACUUUAUCAGCGUCUAAACUAAAAAACAAAACUGUGUUCUGGUUUACAUUUGUGUGAAUGACAAAUCCUGAAGUGUGCUGUGCUCGUACCGUGACCGUCAGUAUUUCCGCUGUUGUAGUGACGCCCCGUUAGUUCUGACACCCUUUCAUGUGGUAGGUUCUGUCUCAGGAACUCCGUGUAACUAUUAUUUAUUGAUAUAUCAUUGCCUUUGAAAAGCUUCUACUGGCACAGUUUAUUAUUAAAAGUUUGAAUCCAAA